CCUCCUGGUUCUCUACAACUCUCCUCAACCCUGUCCCCUGUGGGAAAUCCACAAUUCUCCUCACCUGAGACACUCCGAACAUCCAACCCAAUAACUCUGCCCUCACCACGCACACCAUGGCCUAGAAAUUUUAAGCAGCUAUAUGCCCAGGAAGGAAUGUCGGGCGUGGAGAGAGGAGCGCUUCAGAGAUGGAUUCAGAGAACCUACAUUCUCCAGCGUCGUGAUCUCAAUGCUCACCCUCCCCACAACAUCUCAAAAAUAAAGCAGGACUGGCCCUUUCUCUUCUCCUUGAACGGCCUGUUCUCACACUUCAGUGAACUGACUGGAAUUCCUAUCCACGAGAAGCUGCCAGCUGCCAUAGACAACAGGAGUCAGAACAUCAUAGAGUACUUCCAACAACAGAAGACACCAGGUGUGGGGAAAGUUCUGGAAGCCUACAAUGAAGAAAGUGGCCACAAAGCUAUUUGUGUCAUCAUGUGCCUGCUUGCUCACUUCAAGGAGGGAGAUGGCAUCUUCCUUAUGGUUGAUUCCUCUGCCACAACUGCCGAUAUCGAGAGAACUGUCACACUGCCAAGCACGCCUCGAUUAGUUGUACCAGGAGACAUGCUGUGUGGUGCAGACAAAUGGAUUAUGUCGAUUGAAGGAGCGUGUGUGAUGGGGCCCCACUGCAACCUCUUGCAUGGAUUGGCAGCAGUCUUCGCUGCCUACUAUGUCUUCAACCUGCAGUAUCCAGCAGAAGCUGCAAGCACACUUGAGUUCAUCCAGAGAGCCUUCUGCGGCAUAAAUUCCCAGACGGGCAGCAAGGCAGAAAGAAAACGAGGGCUGAAUGCACCUGUUUGCACACUCCUUAGGAAACUGUUGGAUUUUGAAUUGGUGGGUAGGGUACAAAUUUGAUCACAUAAGGACAUAAAGAUUUUGCAGUUGUAAAUUAAAGUUU